UCCUGUAAAAGAAUCUGACAUUUGGUUUUCAAGAGUAAUUUGAAUCUACAUAAAUGAGAGAUGUAUGAUGCAAGGAAUUUGAUGUUACAACUCAUAAGAUUCUCAUUAAAUCCAUGUCGAGUCACAUAAUAAAGCGUACACCAAAUUAUUGCGAUGUGCGGCAGUUGGAGGUAUCAUGCUAAACAACUAGAUUGGAUUUGUCAUCAUCAACAAGGUACUAGGAGUAAUCUUUAUAGACAAAAGCAAGGCAAAAGGGUUUUGAAAGAUGUUAAAUGUUGCAAAAUUUUGCUCAAUUGUUAAAUACCAACAGAAAAUAGUACUACAAUGUCUAAAAUGACUCACUUUGGAUAAAUCAAAGAGAAUAAUUUUCACUUUGCUUCCUACACCUAAUAUAUCAGAGCAAAACGCUUCCUACCAAAGAUUAUAUAUUCAAGGAUCAUGGAGACAAAAUUGGAGUGGAAGCAAGGAAGAGAAGAAUGGCCAAGUACAACUUACCUUGGAGAAUCACUGAAGCAACAGAGGAGAUGAGCCAAACUCUGAAAUGGAAGAGAAAUCAUGUUGCUGCAAUGCGUUGAAACCAACAUUUCUUAAUCAGAAAACAACUGUAUUUGCGAGAAUCUUAGUAUUUCAGUUGGCCGACCGAGUGAAGUUCCCUCCCCAUAUUUUCUUUAAUAAAUAAUCCCGUGGGUAUAAUAUGCAAAGGUUAUCAAUCUUUGCAAUUUUAAACAUAUCGUGUUUUAACGUAUGUAUAAAUUAAUUUCGGUAUUAAAUAUAUUUUUGCUUCAUCUCCAAGUUACAAAAUUUUUAUCUGUUAUGCUCACACACAUGUCAAGCUCAUAAUCAAAUAACUCGCCCCCAAUUUUAAAUUCGGUUAUAGUUGGCUCUGUUUUUUAGAUUCGUUAUAAGGCGCAGUACAUUUCGGAAGAUAAUAAUAUAUUUGAAUGGCAAGUUUAAGUAGAGGAAGAACAAUAAUCCAGCAAAAUCUGAAGAUAACUCAGUUAGGGAAAAGGGGACAAAUAGAUGAAGCCAUCAGAGUGUUCAACGGAAUCACACACCCAAAUACUGUCACCUACAAUUCUAUGAUUUCUGCCUAUGCCAAGAAUGGUAGAAUCAUCAAUGCACGCAAGCUGUUCGAGAAAAUGCAGUCUAAAAAUUUAAUCUCUUGGAAUACAAUGAUCAAUGGGUAUUUGUUUAAUGGUCAAGUUGAUAAAGCAUGUGAACUGUUCGAUAAAAUGCCUCAGAGAGACCAUUUUACUUAUGCAUUGAUGAUAACUUGUUACACGCGUAGUGGGGAGCUUGAAAAGGCUAGAGAUGUGUUUGAAUCACUUCCUGAUAGAAGUAAUAUAGCUUGCUGGAAUGCAAUGAUUACAGGGUAUGCAAAAGCUGGAAGGUUAGAUGAUGCUAGGAAAAUGUUUGGUGGUAUGCCGGCUAAGAAUUUAGUUUCAUGGAAUUCGAUGCUUUCAGGAUAUACCCAGAACGGGGAAAUGCAAUUUGGAUUGAAAUUUUUUGAGGAUAUGGAAGAGAAGGACGUCGUUUCUUGGAACUUAUUAUUGGGUGGGUUUAUUGAGGUUGGAGAUUUGGAUUCUGCUAAAGAGGUUUUUGCUAAGAUUCCUAGUCCAAAUGUUGUUUCAUGGGUGACAAUGCUGAGUGGAUUUGCACGAUAUGGGAUGAUAUUGGAGGCUGAAAUGAUUUUUGACCAAAUACCGGAGAAAAAUGAGGUUGCUUGGAAUGCCAUGUUAGCUGCAUAUGUCCAGAAUGAAAAAAUUGACAUGGCUGCUUCAUUAUUUAAUAGAAUGUCUCAGAGAAGUGCCGUGGCUUAUACAACUAUGAUUGAUGGUUAUUGUCGUGUUGGAAAGCUAAAAGAAGCAAGAGAUUUGUUGGAUCAAAUGCCAUACAAAAAUGUUGGUGCACGAACAGCAAUGAUUUCAGGGUACAUCCAAAACAACAUAAUGGAUAAAGCUCGUUGGGUAUUUGACCGAACUGCUACUCGUGAUGUUGUUUGUUGGAAUACAAUGAUUGUAGGCUAUGCUCAAUGUGGACGGAUUGAUGAAGCUUUUGGUCUGUUUGAAAAGAUGGAACCAAAGAGCAUAGUUGUUUGGAAUACAAUGAUAGCAGGUUAUGCUCAAGUGGGACAAAUGGAAAAAGCACUUGAGAUCUUUAAGAAUAUGGGGGAAAGAAAUGUAAUUUCUUGGAAUUCUCUAAUUUCAGGUUAUACCCAAAAUGGUUUUUAUGUAGAUGCACUUAAAUAUUUCAUCACGAUGACACGUGAUGGCAAAAAACCAGAUCAUUCUACGUUUGCUUCAACAUUAAGUUCCUGUUCCAAUCUUGCAGCUGAGCAUAUCGGCAAGCAACUUCAUCAAGCGGCUAUAAAAACCGGUUAUGUGAAAAAUUUAUCAGUUUGUAAUGCUUUAAUUAUUAUGUAUGCAAAGUGUGGAAAGAUCUUUGAUGCAGAAAAGAUGUUUGAAGAUGUUGACAAUGCUGAUGUUAUAUCCUGGAAUUCCUUGCUUGCUGGAUAUGCUUUAAAUGGAUGCGGGCAGGAGGCUGUCAAACUUUUUCAAGAAAUGGAAGAUAAAGAAGUCGUUCCUGAUGAAGUCACAUUUGUUAGUGUUUUAUCUGCAUGUAAGCAUGCUGGCUUGAGUGAUGCUGGUGCAAAUUUGUUUGAGCACAUGACCAGAAAGUAUUCUAUUACUCCUUCAUGUGAACGCUAUGCUUGCAUGGUUGACUUACUUGGGAGAGCAGGGAGGUUAGAAGAAGCUUUCCUUCUAAUAAAGGGUAUGAAAGAAAAUGUCACUGUAGAAAUGUGGGGUUCCCUAUUUGAGGCUUGUCGCAUGCAUAACAAUAUAAAAAUUGCUGGCUGUGCUAUUGAGAAGCUUCUUGAACUUGAACCUCACACGUCGACAAAUCUGGUUGUCUUAUCAAACAUGUAUGCUGAGCUAGGAAGAUGGGGUGAUGUGGAGAGAGUUAGGGAAACAAUGAAAAAGAGUGGAGCAGGCAGACUACCAGGAUGCAGCUGGGUUGAGGAUAGGAAUCAGUUACUUGUUUUUCUUUGUGGUGAUACUUCAGUGCAGUCAGUGGAGAACUCUAACAUGUUGUUCACUUUAACUACUCAGAUGAUGGAUAUGGGCCAUAUGCCUGCUAUGACAUCAUUUUGUCUUGACUCAGAUAAUUGACAUAAGCAUGUAUGUUAAACUGCCAAACAUACAUUCCCAAAAUCACUUCUGGUUUAGGGCUGUAAGGUGGAUUUGCAGGACUGUAUGGCAGAUGAGAAAAUCACUCCAAUGUCUGGAAAAUCCUUUGCAUCUGCAACAGAACGCAUACAGAGCUGGAAUGGAAGUCUGCAAGUUGUAACCAGAA